GGCUGAAUUACGGAAUCUCACUUUCUAUUCAAACAGUGAGAGCGGCAGAAAGAGAGAGGGACAGGGUGGGAGGCAGAGGCAGACAGGAGGAGAGGCAGAGGUGUGACAGAGUGAGAGAGAAACGAGCAAACUAACUGCAUGCUCUCCCUAUAAUAUGUCUAAUAUAUUUUUUUAGCUCUAAAUAAAUCAGAGAAAGAUAUUUGACAGGCAGAUAGCCCGGCGGCGUUUUUCAGAAACAUCUAUAUUUUUCUCAGACGUCUGCUAUACUGUUCUUCUAGACAAAGCAGUGCUUCCAAGGCACUGUUCUCUGUGGACUUUUUCUUUGCCUCGUAAGAGGAAUCACUUUGCAUACUGCAGUUGCACGACACCUGUGUAUUACACCGCAAGCGACAUUCUAGGACUCGGAUUACAAUGUUAAGCAGCACAGGGACUUGGGUCGCUUUGGUGACACUUUCCUUGGUGGUAAGGGAGACGCGGGGUGGUUACGGGAUGAGCAUGUUCGCCGCGCAGUCGUCCCCUCCUGACCCAUGUAACGACGAGCACGGUAACCCAAGGAGGUGCAUCCCCGACUUCGUGAAUGCCGCGUUCGGUAAAGAUGUGCGCGUGACGAGCACCUGUGGUACCCCCGCUUCGCGCUACUGCGUAGUAACGGAAAAAGAAGAAGAGAGGUCCAGGGACUGCCACACGUGUGAUGCCGAGGAGCCCAAGAAGGCUCAUCCACCUGCAUACUUGACAGAUCUAAACAACCCCCAUAACCUCACCUGUUGGCAGUCAGAAACCUAUGUACAAUAUCCCCAAAACGUGACUCUCACCUUGUCUUUAGGUAAGACAUUUGAGGUGACCUAUGUGAGUCUACAGUUUUGUUCACCACGACCAGAAUCUAUGGUCAUUUACAAGUCAAUGGACUAUGGCAAAACUUGGGUCCCUUUUCAGUUUUACUCUACCCAGUGCAAGAAAAUGUUUAACAGGCAAAGUAAAGCCGUUAUUACCAAACAGAACGAACAGGAGGCCAUCUGCACAGAUUCCCACACGGACAUGCAUCCCCUGACAGGGGGACUUAUUGCGUUUAGCACUUUGGACGGUAGACCGUCAGCACACGACUUUGACAACUCGCCCGUGUUGCAGGACUGGGUGACAGCCACCGACAUCAAGGUGACAUUCAGCCGGCUGCACACCUUUGGCGACGAAAACGAGGACGACUCGGAAUUGGCGCGGGACUCGUAUUUCUACGCGGUGUCUGACUUGCAGGUUGGCGGGAGGUGCAAGUGCAACGGCCACGCUUCAAAGUGCGUGAAAGACCGGGAGGGAAACCUGGUUUGCGAGUGCAAACACAACACCGCAGGACCAGAGUGUGAUCGAUGCAAACCGUUCCACUACGAUCGUCCAUGGCAACGCGCAACGGCCAGAGAGGCUAACGAAUGUGUUGCUUGCCACUGUAACCUGCACGCCCGGCGCUGCCGUUUCAACAUGGAGUUAUACAAGCUGUCGGGCAGACGCAGCGGGGGGGUCUGCCUCAACUGCCGUCACAACACAGCUGGCCGCCACUGCCACUACUGCAAGGAGGGCUACUACCGUGACAUGUCCAAGGCCAUUUCCCAUCGCAAGGCCUGCAAAGCCUGUGAUUGCCACCCGGUGGGAGCAGCGGGCAAGACGUGUAACCAGACCACAGGCCAGUGCCCCUGCAAGGACGGCGUGACGGGGCUCACCUGCAACCGCUGUGCCAAGGGCUACCAGCAGAGCCGCUCCCCCAUCGCACCCUGCAUCAAGAUCCCCGUGGCAUCCCCCACCACCUCCUACAGCAGCUCAGAAGAACCCACAGACUGCGACACCCACUGCAAGGCAUCCAAGGGCAAGAUGAAGAUCAACAUGAAGAAGUACUGCAAGAAACACUACGCGCUCCAGGUCCACGUACUGAAGGGUGACAAGGCCGGCGAAUGGUGGAAGUUCACUAUCAAUGUGAUCUCCGUCUACAAGCAGGGCGGACAGCGCAUCCGGCGCGGCGACCAGCUGCUGUGGGUGCGUGCCAAGGACGUGGCCUGCCGCUGCCCCAAGAUCAAGCCUGGCCGCAAGUACCUGCUGCUGGGCUCUGACGAGGACGACUCACGUGGCCAGAGUGGCGUGGUGGCCGACAAGGGCAGCCUGCUCAUCCCCUGGAAGGACCUGUGGGCGCGACGCCUCCGCAAGUUCCAGCAGCGAGACAAGAGGGGCAAGUGCUAGGCCCUUGUCUGUCCGAGGGGUGAGGUGGCAAGAAAGAAGGA